AGUGAAGAACGGUCGUGUUUUCCGUUAAUAAAUUGAAAGAAAAAACCUAAGACCGCUCGGGCGUUCGCAUGUGGUGACAGCGGUUCGCGAACGCGUUAGUUAUUAAUUAUUAAGUGAAAUAAGUGACUUAACAUAGUGUGUAAGAGUGCAAGUUCUGAGCGAAGUGUAUUACAACGGAAAGCAUUACCCCUACCUUGACAAGAACUUUUCUCCGUAUUCCACGAUGUCGACGGGAGCCGAACGGAAACUCCGCGGUUUGAAGAACCGCAGACGCAGUAUUCUGUCCUCGUUUGCCUGCAUCACAGAAUUUGCCGACAAUUAUCAAGAGGAGAGUGAUGCAAUGGAACUGCCUGUUCGUUUGGAUAACCUCUCUGCACUAUGGACCGAGUUCAAUUCAGUGCAGGCCGAGUUGGAUACUUUGGAAGACACGGAUGAAGCCAUGGCUGCGUAUCUGAGCACCGAGUUCGAAAAACGUUAUUACCGCACAAAAGGUAUACUAAUGCAAUUUAACAACGUAUCAUCUCGUCAACAACACAUGCAAAACCCACAACGUGAAUUCCCGAGCCAAAUGAGCUGCAUAAAACUGCCGGAUGUUAAAUUACCCGUAUUCAAUGGACAGUUCGAAAGUUGGCUAAAUUUCCAUGAUUUAUUUGAUUCGCUCGUCCACUCUUCAACGAAUCUAUCAACCAUCCAGAAAUUUUACUAUCUACGGUCUUCUCUGGCUGGUGAAGCGUUAAAGGUGAUUCAAACAAUACCUAUAACAAGUGAUCAGUGUGCUGUUGCAUGGAAGAUGCUCGUUGACCACUUUUCAAACCCUCGGCGUCUGAAGCGUAUAUACGUUCAAUCAUUGUUUGAAUUUUCCACUAUACGAAGAGAAAAUGCAUCGGAGUUACAUUCACUUGUAGAAAAAUUUGAAACCAACGUAAGAGUGUUGAAGCAGCUAGGUGAACACACCGAAUAUUGGGAUGUACUUCUGAUUCAUCUGCUAAGUACGCGGCUAGAUCCUGUCAGCAGAAGAGACUGGGAAGAAUAUGCGGAAACGCUUGAAAAUGUCACUUUCGAUGAAAUCGUUCAAUUCUUACAACGUCGAGUCAAUGUAUUGCAGUCAGUCGUUAUUAAACCUGCUGAAGUACAACAAUUUAACGUGAAAAAGAACUGCAUUCAACGGUCGGGAAACAUCGGAACAUUCCAGAAUGCAGCACGUGAAUGUACAGCUUGUUCGGGUCAACACUCUCUUUAUCAAUGUAGCGCAUUUUCCAAAAUGUCCGCAGAAGAGAAGGAGCAAUUUAUUCGACGUAACCAACUUUGCCGUAAUUGCAUGCGUCGUGGUCAUGUUCUGAAAGAGUGUCCAUCAGAAAGCAACUGCCGCAAGUGUGGAGGACGACAUCACACUCUGUUGUGUUCCGCUCAAAGAUCAGUUAAUUCAAAACAAACAGCUUCAAUUCAGCAAUCGCCAGUUAUUAAUCAACCCAGUUACUCGAAGGGUAACGAAUAUACCGUAUCAUCAACGCCGGUAGUACAUACAGGAAUCACGAAUUUUACAAGAAAUGAUAGAACUAGUCAUAGGGUGUUAUUAGCCACAGCAAUCGUCCUGUUAGUCGACAACAACGGUGUAGAGCAUCCUGUUAGAGCCCUGCUUGACUCUGGCAGUGAGUGCUGCUUCGUUACAGAACGUGUGAGUCAGCGGAUGUACAUACAUCGCAAAAAGGUGAAUCUUCCAAUCGCAGGAAUAGGACAAUCCUCAACGCAAGUACGGUUCAUGUUCCGGUCGAUGCUCAAAUCCCGACAUAGCAACUAUACUGCUGAGAUUGAUUUUUACGUUCUUCCGCGGGUUACUGUAGACUUGCCUUACAUCUCAGUAGACAUAUCAACAUGGAAGUCUCCAACCGGAAUUCAACUAGCCGACCCUUCGUUUUAUGAAUCGAGUAACAUUGAUGUAGUUAUAGGAGCAGAGAUAUUUUUCGAUAUUUUCAAACCAUCGGGACGACUAUCAUUGGGCAACUCAUUGCCAUGGCUGAUAAAUUCAACGUUUGGAUGGAUAGUCUCCGGCAACACACAUCAAAAACAUACGAAUACAUCAUUUACCUGUGCCACUACAGCCGAUUUGCAUCGUGAUAUGGAACGAUUUUGGGCCAUCGAGGAAGAUUCGAUGAAAGCUUUUUCACCUCAAGAAACAGCAUGCGAAAGUUAUUUCACAGAAACAACAUCUCGGGAACCAGAUGGUCGAUACACGGUUCGCCUUCCGUUCAAAAAGGAAAUUGUUCACAACCUAGCGGAUAACAAACAGACAGCACUACGCCGCUUUCGUCACAUGGAAAACCGUCUCAAUCGGAACUCGAGUCUUGCCAUGGAAUACCGAGAUUUCAUGGAAGAGUAUUUAAGACUUGGUCAUAUGCAAGCAAUCAGUGAAAGCCAAAUCACUACACAGUCAUCACACUUUCUACCGCAUCAUCCAGUCAUUCGAGAAGAUCACACAACGACGAAGGUUCGUGUCGUGUUUGACGCAUCAUGUAAGAGCUCAACUGGAUUAUCUUUGAAUGAUGCUCUUGAAGUUGGACCGAUAAUUCAGGACGAUCUACGUUCUAUAGUUAUGAGAUCUCGAUUACACCCAGUUUUGUUGAUUGCAGACAUAACAAAAAUGUUUCGUCAAAUUAAUCUGCAUCCAGAUGAUACUCAAUAUCAACGUAUAUUUUGGCGAUCUUCAUCAUCUGAACCACUUCAAAUAUUCGAAUUGAAGACCGUCACAUAUGGCACUGCAUCGGCACCAUAUCUUGCCACUCGUGUUCUCAAACAAUUAGCGAUAGACGAAGAACAAAAUUAUCCAUUAGCAGCGAGAGCCACGUUUAAUGAUUUUUAUAUGGACGAUUUUGUUUCCGGUGCAAACACCAUUCACGAGGCAAUCGAACUUCAAGACCAGAUGGAUUGCAUGUUCAGAUCAGCGGGCAUGCAACUUCGUAAAUGGGCGUGUAACUCUCCAGAAGUUUAAGAAAUGUACCUGAUAACAAUCGAGCAAUGGAAUCAACCGUCGAGCUUGAUAAAGAUAAGUCGAUUAAAACUUUGGGCUUACAUUGGGAACCCAUAACUGACCGGUUGAAAUACGUAAUACAACUAGUAGCCAUCGAUAGUACACAGCCAAUAACAAAACGUACAACGCUCUCUUGCAUCGCGCGGAUAUUUGAUCCGCUAGGAUUGGUGGGUCCGGUAGUAGUAACCGCGAAAAUAUUUAUGCAAAUUUUAUGGAGUCUCAAAGAAGAAAACGGGAAGACGUAUGAUUGGGAUUGUGAGUUACCUGCAGAAAUUAGAAACCGAUGGAACACCUCCUACAUACAAUUGUAUCGACUAAAUGAAUUGCGCAUCGAACGUCAAGUUCUGCUUCCAAA